CGGCAUUUGUGCGCGCGGCCCUGCGGCGCCCGCGAGCCCGGUGCCCCAGCCCCCGAGGCGUGCAGCCCGCACCCUCCGUGCGGCGGGUGCUCCAGCCCAGGUCGGUGGCCGGCGGCCCCCCCUCACCCCGGCGGGCCCCCCCGAGUGCCUCGGCCUCCUCGCGCAGCGCCGCGGGAGCGGGCUCCUGAGAAGCGUGGCGAGGCUCCGGGCCUGCGGCGGUUCACUGGCGAGUGCGGAGGUGGCAGCCGGGUGAGCCGCAGGAAUGGGCGCGGGGGCAUCGCCCCAAGGCGAUGCGGAGAACUGGGGUCUCUCUCUUUAUUUCAGGAUUGGGAACAUAUGCCACACUCACCUGCUCAACUGAGAAAGCAUUGCCAUGCCAGGUAAAGGGAAAAGAAAAGGCCGGCGCAAGUCCCACGAGAAGAAGCAGAAGAAACCAGAAGUGGACAUAUUCAGCCCCGCCGCAAUGCUCAACCUCCACUACAUCGCCCACAACGUGGCCGACUGCCUGCACCUGCGCGGCUUCCGCUGGCCAGGCGCUGCCAAGUCCAAGAAGGGGAAAAACAAGACCUAAGCCAGAGCAUCUCCCAGCUCCUCUCUGUUGCAGAGAACAGCACUUGGGGAAAAGAAAGAAUAAUACCAGUGUUGCAAGCAAAAUAGACUCUCCUGAAGACAAUUUGAGAUGCAAGCUAAGUGUGCUUUUCUGUGGUAGUUGAUGAUAAAGAAAUGCAUUUUACUUCCUUAGCUAAACCCAGGUCGGGUGAGCCACUCCCGUUCUUCAGAAGCUAAGGAGGGAAGAAAAGAAGUCUGAGUAAUUUCCAAAUAGCGUGGUUGCAUUGACAGAACUUUCAAAAGUUACUAUAAUUCUGGGUCAGAAUUAAACCUUGCUCUCCAAAGGCAGUUCUAGCUUGCAUGAGUUGUUUUCUUUUGCCAGUGGGCGCAUGUUAUUUAGAAAAGCACAGGAUUUGCUUAUGAACCUCCUUCUUUUGGGUAGUUUCCUUUCUUUGUCUUUUUUAGGAAAAAUAAUAAAUAUUUUGUUUCUAUAA